AGCAGACGUCACAUGACGUAACAACGCGAGCUCUUUUCUCUGUCGUCCCCGAGUUGCAGUCGUUCAGGGAUAUGGCGAGCAGUGCUGUGAGUCGGCUGGAGGUGCUGGGGCUCUACCGCCAGCUUCUGAGACAUGGACGGUGCUUCUCCGACUACAACUUCAGGAAGUAUGCGGAGCGGAGAGUGAGGGACGCCUUCAGGGAGAAGCGAUUUCUCGCGGAUCCACAACGGAUUUACAAGGAAUACGCAUUUGGCAUUGAACAACUGCAACUCCUAAAGAGACAGACGCAGUUGAGCCAGAUGUUUUCCCAGCCAAAGCUAGUUGUGGAAAGAACUAAAUAGGUUUCCUUUGCAAUUUACACACGGUGUUAUUAUCUCGAAACCUUUCUCCAGUGCGCAUGCGCAGACAAGUUACCCUCGUUUUUUUAUCACACAAAAACUGCAGUCUGGACACAGACAGAGCGUUGCAGUGAGGAUUGAGUGAACGGCUAGUCAGAACUACCUACCACCCUUUGCGGAGGAGAACGGUUCCAACUUUGUUGGUGGAAAUAUGGCUCAGGCUGCUUCGUUCGUGCUUUGUCUGCUGGCUGCCCUGUGCACUUGCCGCGCACUGGAUGUUUACCACUGUGACGAGAAGGGGAACAUACAUCCCGAAGAUUAUGAGCUUACACACCCAGCUGUCUGGCCACCCUGUAUCCUCACCUGCUGUGGGAGAGGGAGAACCAAUCGUCGUCCCGACAUCACUUUCUCCACGGGCGGAAAGCGUCUGGAUGGAAGCUUCCUCUCACCUACCUGUACGUACAACAACACAGGCGGAUUUAUCUGCUCCACAAAGUCACUGAGCCGAUGCUUCAGGGAAAAGUACCUGUGUACUGCCAGCCAGGGAAACGUCAACCAAUCAGCCGAAAUCUUAGUUGGUGAGAUACUUUGUCUUGUUAUUCACGUUUUUUGCUAUUUCACUGGUUUUCUCUCUUUUGUCGUGUUCUGUGUGUGUUGUGUGUGUAGAUCAACCAAAAACCAAGACGGGGCAGAUGAUGGUGCCUGCGAACCACCACUUAUAACAAAAAUCUCCGUUACGAAACUGGUCGGCAAUAGAGUCCUAGUGAGCUGGAACUAUACCAAAAAAAACAACCGACCUUACUGCGUCGGUACUCGCCGGUUCCGAGUUAAAAUGAACCGCUACGGGCGGUACAUCGAUGCCACAAACAACGAAAGAAAACUCAUAUCCGUAGACGACGGCUACCUGGACAUCAACGAACGACGGGUGACAAAUUACACCUUCGAUGGCGUCGGCCCAGACAUGUUUUACCGGUUCCUGGUUCGAGCCAGGUUGACCUCUGAGGUCGAGGCCAGCGCCGGGGUUCAAAUACAUUACGAUAUUCCUGUUUAUUCUCCCUGUUCAACACUUUGCACUGUUUGCUCGACUGUCGUGGGAUAAAAGCUGCCUUACCCUGCACCAUGCCGUAGUCGGAGAAAUGGUCACCAUUUCGUGCGGUGCCACUGGCAUCCCUACUCCAUUCCAGGUGACCUACCAGAAGAAAGGGAGCCAUCACUUGCUCACGGCAUUCACAAUUCCUUCCGUAUCGCUCGGGGACAACGGGACGUACGUGGCCAGAGCCUGCCAUCGUGUCUUCCACAAUGACGUGGGACACUUUAUAGACGAGUGUACAAGCAUCGACAUUGAUCUUAUCGUCACCCCCAAGCGUAAGCCUCUGAACUGUAUCAGCUAUGCAGGGGCUGAUUGCUCCGAGUUCCUUCAUCGGGACAUGAGAGUCUUUCUGGGGAACAAUUCGCACAGCUUUAUGGCGGAGCUCGCACAAUUUGCUCAACUCUCGCGCGAGUUUUCAGAGACGUGUCGUCAGUUUGUCAAGUCUGCGUUCUGUCACAUCACACUGCCGUAUUGCAACCCGUUCAUCCUGGACGAGCACCAGUUCUCUCCGCUGCCAAUGUGUCCAAAGACGUGUGCCGAACUGAGGACCCGCUGCGGAGACGAGAUAGAGAGACACGGUCGAGAGUUUGCCGACGUUUUCGCCACCAAAUGUGACCCUGAACUGGACACUGGUGGUCCGGGGGAUCUGCCUGGCUGCAUCUAUAUCGAUCCUCGUCAUCCUUUUAGAGGUGGGCCGGAAGACGGACACAGUCUCCGACGAAGUAGCAGCUCUCGAGUGUACUCUGGGGAACGGUCGCGAGUACAGAGGUCGAGUGAAGUACACCUCCGGUGGCAUCGGAUGCCAGUCGUGGAGCAGACAGGCGCCACACCGCCACCACUUCACCAAGAUGAUGGUGGGGGAGUUGGAGGGGGCCGGACGCUACUGCCGGAACCCCGGGGGGCUGGGGGAGCACCCCUGGUGUUUUGUGUCUGACCCAAAUACCGGGCAGAGAUGGGGGUACUGCGACGUUCCCGUCUGUGAGCAAUGUGUCCCGUAUGCUGGGGAGUUCUGCCAGCCGGUUGGCUACUCCAACUCCACGUCGGUCCUCCUGCGGCGCCAACUGAAGGACUCUGUGGCCGAUAUGGAGCUGGAGCUGCGAGGCACGCUCCACGCUGUCCAGGAGGAACUGACGCCGGGCUGCGAGAUGCUUGCACGCCAGCUGCUCUGCAGUGGAGCCCUGCCUACCUGCGAGAAUGGGAACAAGCUGGAGGUGUGUGAGAAACAGUGCCAUCUACUGGACAUGCUCCUAGUCUGCUCCCAGGAUCUCCAGAAGGCUCUUCGCUCCAUCUCCUACAUCGACUUCUCGGUCUGCCACAAGAAUCGGAGCUCCCUUCUUCCUGUUUCACACCCCAGCUGUCUCCCCACCCCGGUCCUCCCUGAUAGUAAAGGAACCCUCAAUGAGGACUGCUACAACGUGUCGACCCUGGGCCAGACUUACACGGGAGAUAUGAACAUUACCCAGAACGGCAAGAGUUGUCUUCCCUGGAGAACCGCACCGGCCGCUAGAGGACUUGUGGCAACCUAUUUGGAGUUGAACGGGUCAUUCUGUCGCAAUCCUGGCCAGCUCGGGAGGAUGCCAUGGUGUUUCACUUCGACUUCUGGUGACUGGGAAUACUGCGAUGUGACACUCUGUUCAGCUCCCACGACCAGUGCUAUCACAUCACAGCUGACGCGGGAUCAAUCCGGUGUUAUAGUCGGGAGUAUUCUGGCCACCGUGCUCGUGACAGUAGCACUGGUCGUCCUGUCAGGCAUCCUGUUCGGUCGAUGGUGGAAACUCAGCCAACAGAAGAGGGAAAGUGUGGGCCCGAGGCAGAACAUAGUGGGAUACUCAAACGGAUACACAAAUGACGAUCGUGAAACUGGUCUCAGUCCGGCGUUACUCGAAAUUACGCAAUCGUUCCGGAAGAUUGAGAAGCAAGAUCCGAUACCUGCAGGAGAUCGGCCAGGGUCAAUUUGGGACAGUGUUCCAGGGAGAAUGUGACUGGAUAAAGAGAAACAACAGCGACGAGGAGACUGGAAAGACUGUCAAAGUUGCCGUCAAAACCAUCAAGAGCAAGGACGAGAGCGAUAAGUCCAUCGAGGAGUUUGUCCGGGAGGCCAAGAUACUGCACCAGUUUAACCACCCGAACGUCGUGGAGUUCUACGGCGUUUGUAUGGACGAACUUCCGUACUACAUGGUGUUUGAGUACAUGGACCAGGGAGACCUUUGCCAGUACCUCAGAGAGCAUGGAAGCAGCGCCCAGCGACGGUACAACCCUCCCCAGAGGACCCGCACGCGGAACUCCUCAUCCUCCUCAAACUUCUCUGACGAUACGGCCGCACUCGGAGUGACCGAUCUUCUCGACAUUUGCAAGCAGAUCGCCUCCGGAAUGGCCUACUUGGAGUCAGAGAAGUACAUCCAUCGCGAUCUCGCCGCUCGGAACUGCCUGGUGAGCUCGGGGACUGGGGGGCCAGUCGUGAAAAUCGCCGACUUUGGCAUGUCGAAGAACCUCUACUCCAGUGACUACUAUCGCAUUAACAGCGAGAACACUCUCCCAAUUCGCUGGAUGGCCCCCGAGGCACUCAUCUACGGAAAGUUUUCCACAAAGGCCGACGUGUGGGCGUUUGGCGUGGUGAUCUGGGAGGUGUUUAGUUUCGGGCUCCAGCCGUACUGGGGUAACACGAACGAGUCCGUGAUGGAGAUGGUACGGAGGGGGAAACUCCUGGAGCGGCCCGAUUGUUGUCCCGACAAGCUCUUCAGCCUGGUGAAGGGCGGAUGCUGGAGCUUUUACGAGUACCAGCGGAUGAGUUUCAAGACGCUCGAGACGCAGUUGCGUAACUUCCGUCUUUCCGAUUCCGACAUCUCGCAGACGUCCAUAGAAACGGGAAAUGAUGACGUUUUCGAUGGUAACCCCAGACUGGACGAUGACGAUGCGGGAGAUUGAAGAGCGAUUUUUCCUCCGUGUUAUUAGUUGAUACUGACAAUGAGCUACAAUAAUGAAUUCUGAAGUUUUGCAGCAUUUUGACUGCAUUACAAUACUGACUUUUCCACCUUCACUUGAAUUACUACAUACAGUCUCCACCGUGCAACAUUCACCUCCCCUAUAAUUAUACUAUUCAAUCAAUAUCAUUAUCAUUCCAAUGCUGAUUUGUGUGCAUCACUGCAAAUGUUCAGUUUCAUGUUGACGAGUAUACUAAUUGCUGCUGCGCGAUAAUUUGAACUUUGAAACUUUCCGAGAACUGACCUGUUGAUUAGGUGGCAGCGAGUCCUUCUCCCUCACCAGUUGAGAGAUUGGCACCUGCAACGGCUCAACAUCGGCCGGUGUGGCUACUGACUUCUCCUGUUGGUGUCUGACCAAGUUAGGGUCCCACCUC